AGAGAAACCUGAAACCCUAGCUGCUGCUGCUGCUACCAUUUGAGACGAUGGCAAUAAAGAUGCCCAAGUGUACGUGCUCCCGUCGUCGCCAUGCCCAUCUAAAUUUAGCUCGUAGAAAAGCCAACAAGUCCAUUCUUAAGAGAAUAAAAGCUAAUCUUCUUAAGUUUAGCAAUGGAGGAGAAGAAGAAGCUAUCAAAAAAUUCAAUCUUUCCAGAUGCCAAAAUCAAAUUUGCAAAGGGAAGAGCCUUUCAAAUGACCAGAUGGAGAUUCAUCAGGUCUCAACUAUUCAUUUUCAAGACGAAAUAAUGAUGGACAUCUUCCGCAGAUUACCUAUGCAGUCUCUUCUUCGAUUCAAAUGUGUUUCUAAAUUAUGGAAAUCAUUAAUUGACGAUCCUUACUUUAAGAGGACACAUUAUAUUCAUAACAGGGAUAACCAAAAAGUUCUUUUUGCCGAAAGGUUUCUUAGUGUGGAUGAUGAUAACUACAGAUUCUAUACUUGUUCUUUAUCAAUGGUUGAGGAUAAACAAAAGCUUGAUUGUCCUACAAGCUGCAAUUCGAUGGAUGCUAGAAUAUUUUGUUCUUGCGAUGGAUUGGUUCUUAUUUAUGUUUGUUCUGAAACGGACUAUGAAGAACUUUUGUUGUGGAAUCCGUCCACAAGAGAAUCAAUGCUAGUUCCCCAUCCAGAAUUUCCAAUAAUUACUUAUAUAUAUGGCAUGGAAUAUGAUGCAACUAGUGAAGGCUAUAAGAUCCUUGCAAUUAACAUGAAUGAUGAAAGUACCAAUAUUUCGGUUGAAUUUCUCUCUGUAAAAAGGAACAGUUCCUGGAGAAAAAUUGGUUAUCCAACUGACAUUCAGCGGAUUCGUGGUUUUAGGGAUUGUGGUACAUAUAAUUUGGCUUUUCUACAUGGAGCAUUUCAUUGGCUUGGUAAGUUUGCGUUGAGGAACGACAUACUCUGGAGGAGAGGAGUUCAGAUCAGUUCAUGUUCCACUUUGAAAGAAGCAUCUUUUACCACAAAUGAUGAGUGUUGAAACAGUGAAGAAGAAAAUUAGCAGUCCAAAAGAAUAAUAAGGGAGGUAUACUUUCUGGUGGUAUUUCAAAUUGAGCUUUAAUUCACGUUUCUUUUUUCUCAAUCUCGAUCUUACUUAGGAGACGUGGAUCCUGUUGCCAUAUUCACAGCUUCUCCGUGCACUUGUUGCUUCAUCUAUCAGCUUUCGUUAGGAAAGCAAGAGCAAUGUCGAUUCCUUGCUUUUGUCCAUUGAACUCCGUUUUGUAUCCAUCAGAUAGGCGUUUGCCCUUUGGUUAUUUCAGCUUCGGCUGCUGAUUCAUGUGUUUUCAUAGAUGGUGGUAGCAAAGAGGCAAGGUUGUUGUGGCACUAGAGCAUAUUGUGUUUCCGAAUAUCCUUGCCAUCGAUGAUGAUUUGUAGAACUGCUCUAUAAGUGCAAUGACUCUGCUCUUUCCACAUCCACUUGGUCCAACAAGAGCAAGUGUAAGGACGCAUUGUGAAUUUUUUUUUGUUUAUUUUAUGAUUUGGCAAAUGUAUUUGUACAUUUGCAUUGGUGCAAAUUCACUAAUACAUGGGUUAAAAAUUUCCCAGAAAGAAGGGGAAGUUUAUUAUAAGGAUUAAAUGGUGCAAUUGUAUUCA